UUUCAUUACUGCUUACUUAUUAUUCGUUGUGCUAUUGAAUAAAUUCGAUUACUUCUGUUGUGAUUGUUAUCUGUUUCAAUAUGGAACAAAUAUAAUACAUAUUUUUAUCGUAAAUAAUGUAAAAUAUUCACCGAAGUUAACAUCAACACCCACGUAAAAGUUAGACUAAUGCACCAGGUUUUUGCAGACUGAUAACAGUAACGGAACUGGCUGAACUCUAUGUGCCAUCCGCUCUAAUUAAUAAUUUCGUCGAACAUUUUUAAUUUAUUAAUUCUAAUAUGACUAAUUACAGUUGGAAUCAUUUUUGUUUUAUAAUAUUAUUAUGUGUUAUGAAUGUAACAAUAUCUUUAUCACAAUACAACAAGCCAUGGAGUGAUAAGUAUGAAAACAAUAAGUGUCCCAAAUUAUAUCCAAAGAAUUUUGUAAAUUAUGGUCCAGUUGGAAACCUUACUGCUGGUAACUACACAGAGCAAGCAGGACUAAAAGGUCUACGACAAUGUGUAAUGGCAUGUUGUCUCAGUGAGAUAUGCAAUAUUGUGUUCAUUGUUGACUCAAGGUGUUUCCAUUUGCAAUGUGUUAGUGAUGAGCUGUGCUUGCCUCUGCAAAGGACUCCGGGCAACCACAAGUGGGAUGCACAUAUUUCAAUGAUACUAGUUAAGCCUGUUCUACCUAAUGAAAAUUGGUCAGACAUAUUAGAUCAAUCUAGUUAUACAGAAGUUAGCAACAAUUUCUCACCAGAAGAGGAACCACUAUAUGCCCCUUAUUCAAGUCGUCAUAAUGAUUUAUUAUCAGAAGAUGAAGACUCUAAUUUUUUGUCACACUUCAUCAACAACUUGCCAAAUAUGGAAGAGGGUGAAGGAAGGAAUUUUGAUAAAUUUCGGGAUGCCAGUGAUAGUGAUGUGUUAAUGGACUCAACAAAUUUUCUAGAAAAUGUACCAUGUGAAAUGGGUGUUGGUGAUUGUCCAUUCAAUUCAGAAUGUAUUCCACUUGGACUAAAAGGAGCUCAUGGUAUUUGUAAAUGUCUACCGGGUACUGAGCUCGCACAAGGCACAUGUGUUCCUAUACGACCAUAUUCAAAGGGACCUACUAUACCUAUUGACUCAAUUAAGAAAAAUGAUGAACUAAUUACAGACUCUAAAAAUGAUAACAUAAAAAUAGACACUUCAACUCCGAAAAUCGUUCAAAACUUAACUGUUUCUGUAUCUGACAAAGAGGUUCAACUGCCUGAUAAUGAAGUGACUUUAGCAGCUUACACAAUACCGAAUGAAAAAACAACUAAUAGACAUUACAAUUAUGUAUGGACCUUAGUAGAUCAAUCCAAGGGUGGUUUUACAGGAAAUAUGCACCAAGAUGGUGCCACUGUGAAGCUUACUGAUCUCACGGAAGGACAAUACAGAUUUAAAGUGACUGUAAAUGGCACUGAUUCAUAUGGCGAAGGUUAUGCUACAGUAACAGUACUACCUAAAGUACGAAAAAAUACCCCACCAAUAGUAGUUAUUACGCCACAAUCACAAACAGUAAAACUACCAAAUUCUGGUGCUGUAUUAGAUGGGAGUGCCAGUAAGGAUGAUGUACAAAUAAUAUCAUGGCAUUGGGAAUUGACCUCUGGACCCAUAGGAUACCAACCACCGCUGGAGGAUAUUCCCACUUUAGUGCUUAAAGAUCUUAAACAGCCUGGGAACUAUACAUUUAAAUUGACAGUUGAGGACUCUGACCAUGUUAAGAACUCAACCACAGCUAAUAUUACUGUACUGAACCAUACAGACUAUCCCCCUGAAGCCAACGCAGGACAAGAUGUAAUAAUAUAUUUGCCGAAUAACAAUCUCACAUUGAAUGGUAGCUUGUCCACGGAUGACCAUGAGAUCACCUCAUGGGAGUGGACUAAAUCAGCCGAAGAUGAAAACAAAGCUGUUGAUAUGCAAAACACACAUUCACCUUACUUACAGUUGUCCAAUCUAUCUGAAGGCGUAUAUACAUUUGUACUGAAAGUAACAGACUCAUCAGGCCAAUUUUCUACUGCUGAGGUGCACGUUUUCGUAAAACCACCAACAAAUACUCCGCCAAUUGCUGAUGCUGGCCCUGAUUCGUUCAUAUCUCUGCCUCAAACAUGGAUAACAUUGAACGGUUCCGGUUCGCACGACGACCACCAGAUCGUAGCGUACACGUGGCGUUACGUGUCGGGCCCCACUAACUCGACCAUAAUCAACUUCAAUGAGUCCUUAGCUAACGCCACUGGCCUCACCAAGGGUCAGUACGUGUUCUCACUGACCGUUCUGGACGACAACGGAAACUCUGCUACUGACAACGUCUCAGUCACUGUUACUCAAAAUAAAAACAGCCCGCCGAAAGCAGACGCAGGUGGAGACCAAGUAUUAAACCUACCUAUCCCUGUCCUUAUCCUCAACGGAUCGAGGUCAUCCGAUGACUUUCGGAUCGUCACGUGGAAAUGGUCACGAUCCAGCUCUGGCUUGGCCGCUGGGACAGUCAUACUUAAAUCGGACACGCAACCUGUACUAAUGCUGACAAACAUAGAACCUGGAAGAUAUGUAUUUGAGCUCACAGUAACAGAUGAUCAAGGCGAGUCUGACCGGGACACUGUGAGCGUGCAAGUCAAACCCGACCCUUUGGAAACGAGUUUGCUAGAAAUGACUCUAAAUAUCCCUGUCUCCACAUUUACACAAAGCCAGCUGGACUCCCUUGUACAGAAAAUGACUUUAUUAUUGAAGGACGACAUAAAAGUCAAUAUUACCGCUGUUAGAGGACAAGUUGAUUCUGGAAAUACACAACUCAUCUUUUUCUUGUCUAAAGAGGGCGCGGCGGUGGCGGGGCGGGCGGCGCUGGCGGCGGCGCGCGCGGCGGGCGCGGCGGCGGGCGGCGGCGCGGCGCGCGCGGCCGUGCGCGCGCUCGGCUGCCUGAGCGCGUGCUCGGGCCGCGGCGUGUGCGACCGCGCCACGCGCACCUGCCGCUGCGACGCCUUCUGGAUGCAGAGCCUGCUCACGCAGUUCGACCCGGACGCCAUGCCCGACUGCGACUGGUCGGUGGUGUACGCGAGCCUGGGGCUGGUGGCGGCGCUGGCGGCGGCGGGCGGCUGCUGCUGGGGCUGCGCGCGCGCAGUGCGGCGGCUGUGUGCGCCGCGGAGGCGCGCGCGCGCCAAGUACCGCCUGCUGCCGCUCGCCGCGCACGACGACGCGCCCUUCACGGGCAAAGACGUAUCAGAAACUGAAACGGAUUCGGACGUUCUGUUUGAAUCCAAAGGUCAAACCACAUCUUUCCUAUCGCGAUCAAUGAACGGCGACGCGCCUCAAGGGAACGGAUGGAAGAAAAACGGACACUAUAAAGGGAACCGUAAAAUUAAAACGUAGCUAUCCAACGUUGCUGCCUCCGUAACAACAUAGUAUUGAUCAGUACUUAAGUGUUCUUAAUAACGAUACUGAAGGACUAGUAUUUAACUGAAAGCUACAAAGACAAACGAAAUUAAUUAAAUAUUAAAUUUAAAAAUUCCGGUCUGGCGAAUUCUUGGUUGGUAAGUAUACAAGAACAUAUCUUUGUUAUAUAGUUUCUAUACAUCGAACACAUUUCUCAAACUGUACACAUUAUAUUGCUUUAUAUAAGUAUUAUAUACUAUGAAACAUGCUAUAAACAAUGAAAUUUUAUUUGAAGCGUAGGAAACCAAUAAAUAAAUAAAUAGAUAAAUCAUACAAUAUAUUAUUUAUAUUUAUAAUAAGUUUACUACUGUAAUCUUUUGGAGGAAACAAUAAAGAGUAUCUAUCUAUCUAUUAUGGUUACUUAUAUCUCGCUUGCAUAAUAAAUUAAAAAUUUUAUUUACAAGACUUAUAUUUUGUCGUAAUCGAGUAUAAAAAUAUUAUUUUAAGACAUUACUUAAUCUAGUAAACAUGUGAUAGGUAAAAUUAAUAUAAUUUUAUUGAUUUUAUUAUUUGACGUCCCAGUAUUAUUAUAAAAAUGACAAGCAUAAUAUAUUAAGAAGUGAAAUGAUCAUGUUGAUAAAACCUAUAAAAUUGUAAUGGAAAGAGGAGCCUAGUGUAAUUAUGCACAACAAGAUUACCGAAUACUUCUAGUAAAACAAUGUUCAGUAAUUGAUAUGAACAGCCAUAGUACAGGUAAUAAUUAAAAACAUAGGUAUAUAAAUAAAAAAAAAUAAAAAACACGACAUUUGAUAGAAAAGCGAAAGCUCCAGUGAACUAUGUCUCUAAGACGAUUUUAUCUCAGGAAUCUAGGAAGUAAAUAUUUUUAUCUAGUCCAUUGAUUAUUGAUAUGUAUUGUAGUGUAAAACAUAUUUCUAUAAAAUUAAUGAUAGUGACGAAAUUGUCAUUAAGACCAUACUCAUUGUGUAGUUUCAGUGUUAAAGUUCAUACCGAAGCUUACUAUAGUAUGUCAACUUCUGAAUUGUCUGUCAAUUUUCGAAGGCAAUUUUUAUUAUGCACAAAGUUUUCUUUUAGCGAACUAAAAUACUUAUUAUAUAUCAAGAUUCCUACAAAUUUAUGACUCGAAAUUUGAUACAAAAAUAAUAUAUUAACAAUUUCAAAGCAAAAUAUAAACGCUGAUGCAAAACUUUUAGUACUAAGUUUAUAUGCAAAUUAUUCUAUGGUCAGUAUAUUAGUUUGCUACCAAAGCUUUUUUUUUAAUAAAUCAAUCAGAAAUAUUAAAACUUGCCACAUUUCAAUAAGUUUUGGUAUGAACCCUUUUAACUCUAAAAAUUAUUAACUUCAAAUGUAUUGUUUACCUGGCUCUUUUGAUGUAAUUAAUAUAUUGAAUUUUAAUUUAUAUAAUACAGCUUUGAACAUUUUAUUCUAAGUAAUGUUCACUGGGAAAUCUUUAUCCGCAUUCUGUUGCGUGAUUACAAUUCGUAUAAAUCCUAUACAAAUUAAAGCAUAAGCCACGGAUAUAAGGCUUAAUUUGAUUAAGUUCCGUUUAGAUCUCAAUUCUUACAUGCAGCAGAAUAUAGACAGUAUUCGUAAAAAAAAAUUAUAAAUGGAUAGUAAAUUGCAAAAUGAUUAUCUUUUUAAUCAUUAAAUUUUGGAAGCAUUUUUUAUUUUCUGUUUAAGUAUGCAAGUGCAUAACAAUAUAUUUUAAUAAUUCUGAAUAAAAUAAAUUUUAAGGUACCAUUCUUUCAAAUACGUACAUAAUGGUACUCUAUAACGUACUUUACGUACUUAUGUUUUGGGGGAAUACGAGGUUUGUCCGGAAAGUACGUAUAAAAGUUUUUUAAAAAUUUUAUUUUACAAUUAUUCAGGUAAAUCAAUUUUAUCCCCUUCAAAGUACUCCCCCUGUGACAUAAUGCACUUGUGCCAACGCCGUUUCCACUGUGAGAAGGCUCCUUGAAAGUCCUCUGGUUGUAGGUUUCUCAGCUGCCCCGUCGUAGCUUUUUUUAUCUCAUUUAUGUCCCCCAAAUGCCGCCCCCGAAGUACCAAUUUGGUUUUUGGGAACAAGAAGAAGUCACACGGGGCCAAAUCCGGCGAAUAGGGGGGGUGUUCGGUCACCGUAAUGGAAUUUUUACUCAAAAACUCACGGAACGAUCUUGGCGCAAAUUUUUUUCAUUUGAAGUUCGUUUCUUAGAAUUUCGUGGACCACGGUUUUGCCCAAAUUAAGCUCUUCAGCCACCUGUCUGACCGUUAAACGACGGUCCCCAUUAACACAAGUUCGAAUUCUUUCCACGUUUUCGUCGGAAUGUGAAGUGGAAGGACGUCCUGAACGUGGGUCAUCUUGAACGCUUUCUCGGCCCUCUCUGAAUCUUUUUAGCCACUUGUGGACGGUUGGUUCCUUCACAGCAUCAUCCCCAUAAACUGUUCUGAGAUCGGCAAAAAUUUCACGGCCAUUCUUGCCGAGUUUCGAGAGAAACUUGAUUACGACGCGCUGCUCUUCAACGGAAGCGGGCUCCAUGCCGACGGGGUUUCGUUAAGAGGUAACUUCACAGAUGGCGUGACAAGCCAGUUCGCACCGCACGGCGGUCAGACCAGAACUGAAGCAUUGUUAGGGACAUAAGGAAGGGGUCCUGCGCUUACCUGGCCUCCCCACUCCUCUUUCUCGCAUUCCAGAACACUUUUAUACGAACUUUCCGGACAGACCUCGUACAAGUAACGCAUUCCAGUACUUAGUGCAUAAUAUUAUAUACUUAAUUGUUAACUUCAUUAUUGUGUUAUAUUAUGUAUAUAACCAGACAUAAUAAUAAGAUUGACGUUUAAUUAAGACUCUGUGGCUAUGAUUGUAUUUUGUAUAUUUAUAGUUGAUAAAAUAGAAGAACUUAGAAAAUAAUGGGAUACAGACAAGGCAGUGAUGAGUGAGGCAAAAAAAAAAUUAAAAACAUGUUAAAUUAGACCUCUAGAAAGUAGCUAAUGGAACCGUCGCUAUCUGCCAGUUAAAUAAAAGAAUUGUAAUAUGUAAAUAACAAUACCCAAAUUUCAAGCGAUUUGCCUUUCGCUUUAAAUAUCUCAAAAAACACUAGUCUCGUGGUUUCGUUUUAUAUAAAGUAUUGAAUAUAAUUAUAUAUAUUUUUUUUUUAUAUUAAUGACAGAAAUGGAAAACGAUGAUGUGAUAGGUGAAAAUGUUGAUCGAAAUGGUUAGAAGACUAUUUGUAAAAAAAACAUAGAGAAUUAGAUUAUUAUAUGCCAAUUAGUAGGAACCCUACCGACAAAUGUUGUCGUUCGUAGACAGUUUUCGAUAACCAUACAAACAUGACUACAAAUAUAACGUCUACGGCAGCAGUAUAUCUUAUUAAAACAUGCACAUGUCUCAUGCACUAAUGUAAUUUCAAAUAGUAUAGUUAGAACCAUUUUAUAGACUGUUGAUGUGACAAUGUCUCUUUAUAAUGAAAUUAACACUCACACUAUUUAAAACUGUAUAAUCGGGUUAAUUUUAGCAUUUUUAUUGCUCAGGUUAUUAUCUCGGAUAUUAGCUAUAAAACUUGAUAAGAUAUUUAUUUUUGUUGACAGGAGGGUGAAUAAAAUUUUUUAGAAAUACUAAAUUAGAGACAGAUCAAUAUUGUAUAAUUGGAGUUAAUUGUGCAGAAAUGAACUAUCUUUUAUAUACAUCUCAUAAGAGAUGACUGUUUUCUGCAUUACUAGCUCUAAUUAUUGUUUUGUCUCCUAUAAAGUAGCAAUUAUUAAAAUACCUGAAUUAGUUGCACCAACAGCAAAAGAAGAAAGUUCUCAAUUCGGUUGUAUUGUUUUAUGUUUGUUACCUCAUAACUCCAUCAGAUACAAACUUAUUUAGAAAAUUCUUUUUUAUCUGAGAAAAUAUACUUGUAGAUUGAUCCAUAGAAAUUUUAUCAAAAUCAUUAGUUUAGUUUUUGUAAUAACUGAUUUAACCAUAAUUGAAGUCUGUACUUUUUGUGGAACACAAUUGUAAUAAUUAUAUUCCAAUUUGUAAUAAGAUAUUGCAAUUCUUGGCAUGAAGAUCUAAGUUUUCAGAAAUAGUAAGACAUAUACGAGGCCAUAAGCAGUUUAAUAGAAUCGUAUCAUUAAAAAUUGUUACAAUUUAUAUCAAUUGAGUGUCAGCUCAUUCACAAUGAUUAGUAGAAUAAAUAUCAAAUAAUAAAAAUCUAUACGGUACCCGAACAGUGAAUGCAAUACGCCCAUGUAUUUUAUUAUUUUACGUUAAGAACAAGCAUAUUAUUUGAAUAGACAUUCGCCUGGCGUUGUCUACUGCCAUAAAAGUGUGAUCACAACAUUUGAAGUGUGUCUAUAAUAUGAGUUGUAUCAAGAUGUAUAAUUUAUAUUGAAAACUUCACCUCUUAUAAUUUAAAAUUAUGAUUUGCAUACAAACUUGUUGACGAAAAUGUGAACGCGAUCGUAAUGUAAUUUUUUAUACAAUUGGCACUAGGCACUCGGUAGGCAUCAAUCAUUGCUGUAAGUUUUAUUUGCAGUGCCUCAAUCUCUUAAAGUGGUCGGUCUUUGUUGUACUCAGAUAAGGGGUGAUUCACUACAAAAAAUAAACAGUUUGUAACAGCCGAAAAUUGCACGACAUUUGCUAUUAAUUCCCAUAAUUUUAACGUUUUGUUAAUGUAAAACGUUUAGAUAAUCCAAAAGCAAUUAGCAAUCGUACGUUGAUACUGUCUUUGUUUAGAUUUGCAAACUAAUAUCUCUAUUAUGAAUUAGUUGUUUUACGUCAUUAUUUUUUUUUCCUAUUUAACCUAUCUAGAGAUUAGGACGUAAUCCUACUACAUAUUAUAUUUUCUUUUUUCCAAAAUUAUUUGGUUCGCGAUUGGGAGAUGAGUAUUUAGCUUAGCGGCUUAGUUGACUUAAGCUGCGCUACAUAAUAUUUUUAUUUGUAAAUUUAUAAACUUUCGCGAAGUGCUCAUGCAAUUUGCUGUUAUAAGGAAUCACCUCAGGUAGAUAAUGAUCGGGUUAAUGCAAUGUAAAGCGUAAUAUAUUUUAAUGGUAAAAUUAGUCUAGUCAUAAUAGUGAUUUUAAUUGUGGCUAGUAGAUAUAUUUUAAAAUUGUACCCUAUCUACUUAUAUUUUUUUAUUAUGAUUUUUAUAUACUUAAAGUAUCUACUUAUGUUUAAAUUUAAUUAAUGCUAUAUCUACGCUUUUAUUGUUCCUUAUUACAUUUUAUGUUAUAUAGGAUAAAAUAAAGUGCAAAAUACAAUACAUUCGACAAAAUAAACAAACUGCUUCGAAUGAAACA